AUGCCAAACGACGAUCUCAAGGCGGCGGCCGCCUCAGAUCAAGACUUCUACGCACUCCUCGAUGUCGACCCAGCGUCUAACGAUGCUGAGAUCCGACGCGCCUACCGAAAAACAGCACUUAAAUACCACCCAGAUAAGAUCACAAACCCCACAGCCGCAGAUAUCGACAAGUUCCACUUUCUUCAGAUCGCCUACGAUGUCCUCUCGGACCCGGAAGUGCGAACAAUCUAUGACAGCGCGCGUGAGGUACGAGUGCGCAAGCAGCGCGAGCGGGACUUGAUGGACUCUGCGAAGCGGAAAAUGCGCGAAGAUCUCGAGGCUGCGGAACGGGCUGGCGCUGCUGCUGCACCGAUCAGCGGUGUGGGCGCGAAGAGGCCCUGGGCUGCUGCUGGGGAUAAUGACGCGGAGAUAAAGCUUCAACAGGAGAUUGAUCGCAUUGCUGAAGACGGGCGGCGAAGACGACGCGAGGCUGAGGAGAAGCUGAAGCGCGCAAGGGCUCACGAGCUUAGCAUUAUCAACGCGCAGGAAGAGGCGGAGCGCAAAGAGGCGGAAAGGCACAAGUACCAAGUGGAUCGGUCACAAGAGGGUGGUGGGAAGAAUGUUCCUGAGUUGGAUCGGUCGGUAAAAGUGCGCUGGGUGCGAGAGGGACGGGGACUUGAGCUUGACACCGAGUCGUUAACCGAGCUCUUUGAGCCCUUUGGCGAUAUUGAAAAUGUGGUCAUGCUCAAGGAUAAGCGUACUCGAGUGGAGGGCAAAAAAGGCAAGGUGGUUUUCGCCAACGGAUUGAUUGUCUUCGCCUCAAUUGUCGGCGCCCAUGCAGCCGUGUUGGACGGUGAGAAGAAUAUUCGCCGCGCUGAUGGCGCCUGGGCUGCCAUAGUCACUGUGUCUUGGGCAUCAGGUCAGAAGUCUGACUUUGACCCGACCAGCACCGGUGGUACCCCCGCAGAUUCGUCAAACCCUAAGCCUAGCGCAUUCAAAUCAACUCCGCCGUCCUCAAACGCUCGCACAUCUUCAAAUAUUCCAUCGUUCAACUUUCCGGGAUUGAACACUCCCUCCAAGCCUGGUAAAGUGCCAUCAUUCGGCUCAUUCUCCUCUGCACCUGCCAACGGGGAUGCACCGAAGGCAUCUUCAUUCAAGCCAUCUAGCGCACCUAAUAUGGAAGAGCUCAUUUUGAUGCGAUUGAAGUUGACGCAGCGUGAGAAAGAGCGCAAAGCCCUUGAAGAGGAACUUAUUCGAGAAGACGAGGCCGCCGAUGCAGCGGAGGCAGCGGAGGCAGCGGAGGCAGCGAAGACCAAGGCCAAUAGCUCUUGA